AAGGUCCUUCACCUGGAUAUCAGAGCAAGAUGAAGAUCUUCCUCCUGCUGCUCUUCCUCGCAGCCCUCGUCUCAUCCUCAACCCUGCCGGGUUUUGUUCGCGAAGACGAGAACGACGUUGAAAACGCGCCUGUCUUGCACGAAGACUCCCCCUCCACCACCACCAGCAGCAGCUCCCGCAGCAUAUCCGCCCUCGACGCAGAAGGCUUUUUCGACGAGAAACCCGACACCCACAGCGAAUCUGACCCCGCCAAAGCCAAAGUCACCAUCCCAAUCGAGAUCUAUAAGAUGUGCAAGGCCAAGAAGGAUUGUCCCGGCGCCUGGUUCUGCUUUAAUGGCCGCUGUGUGCAUCCUGAGAUUGAGGCGAUGCGCAAGAAUGGUGGUUUUAGGGAUCAUCCGUUGUUUGAUCGGGCGAGACGGCUCUUUUAUUAGGGUAUGACGUGAAGGGGGUCUCUUGGUGAUGGCUUCUUUGGCUGUCGUUGAGGUUGUGUGGUGGGGUGGAAGGUUGACUGGCUUGCUCUUCUUUCUUCAUGAGUCCCUUUGAAUGUGCCGUUUGGUGACUAUGAACAUGGUUGCAGGGUGAUGGUUGACAGACAACUAUGUUGUGUAUGGAGACAAGUUGCAUAAAGUGAUACCGUGGUCUGAUUAUAGCACACUUAUGCAUAACAUAUCAUAACUCGU